CAUUGGUUCCUGGCUCCUACCUAGAGCUUCAACACUUUAAUACACCUUCGAUCGUGGACUGGGAUGCCAAGACGAGGUGCCAUCGCUUGCUCCACGUGACACAUUGGAAGUUGGGCUCUUGCAAUCUUGGCAAGACCCGGCCAGGUCUACUCGGGUUAUCGGUCUAGAGGAAGGACGAGAGGCCAGGUGCAUCAACACUGGGCUCAAAGACGCAGAGUCGUUUCGAAUGCCUCCAAAGCGCAGGGCCGCAGGCGGCGGCGGCGGCGCCGCCGCUGCUUCAGCUGCGUCUGCAACGUCGCUCCCCAAAGAGCGCCAGUCGAAGCUCGCCAAGGAGCACAACAUCUCGGCCCGGCAGGAGCGCGAGAUCAAGGAGGCGUUUGCCCUCUUCGCGGAGCCCAUGGACGGCGAGAAGGAGGGCGUCAUCCCGAUCGACGACGUGCGGCGUGCCAUGGUAGCUCUCGGCGUCCCGCCUACGAAGCCAGAACUCAAAGAAUUCCGCGAGAUCCUGGACCCCGAGGAGGAAGGCUACGCCUCGUACGAGCCGUUCCUCGCCAUCUGCGCGCUCAAGCUGCACGCCAAGGAGGACGACUUUGAAGGGCCCGAGUCCGAUGCGCACAGGCAGGAAGUCGACGAGGCGUUCCGGCUCUUCACCAGCCCCAACAACAGCAGCAGCAGUGGCGGCGGCGGUGGCGGCGGGCAUGAGCAGCAGCAGCAGCCGAUCCUCACACUUGCGCACCUUAAGCGAGUGGCCAUGACCCUCAAGCAGGACGUCGACGAGGCGCUGCUCAAAGACAUGAUCCUCGAGGCCAACUCUGGUGCCGGCGUGGGCAAGGGUGUCCGGAGGGACGAGUUUGAGGAGGUGAUGCGGCGCGCCGGGGCGUGGAAGUGAACAAAGCCAUGUCCCGUAAUAUGGGACAUUUCGUCGCGAGAAAGAUGGCUCAAAGUCAACAUGCUGUGGGUCGGGCUGGAUGAGUCUCAUUGUCUACUUGGACAGCCUGGUUGGCUAUGCCGCGGGUCUUGCGAUUAAUGAGGACACACGUAUGGCUCGUCACGGUACAGGGACAUUCUAGGAGCCUGGCCGGACAGGACAAAUGCAUCGUUUCACGCUACCCUACUUCUGGAUGGGUCCACGAUU